GCGCACGUUGACCCACACGCGAACGCCACGAGCUCGGCGCACUUCCUCCGACGAGCCAAGCAAGCAGCGCCGCGACCGUGCCCCCUCUUCACUUUCUCUUUCUCUCUCGCCCCCGUCCCGUCACCCGUGCACUCACUCACUGCCAGCGGACAUCAGUGCCAAGAUCAUGGAGAUAAGUGUGAGCCAGCAGCAGUUCCUGCCACCUGCGUGUUUCUUCACGGCCGCCGCGCAAAGCAUCCAGCUGAGCCCCACGGACAGCGCGUGCAGCGGCAAGUCCGCCUCCAAGCCGGCCAAGAGGCAGCGCUCCUCCUCCCCCGAGCUGCUGCGCUGCAAGAGGCGCCUCAACUUCGCGGGCUUCGGCUACAGUCUGCCGCAGCAGCAGCCGCACGCCGUGGCGCGGCGCAACGAGCGGGAGCGCAACCGGGUCAAGCUGGUCAACAACGGCUUCGCCACGCUGCGGGAGCACGUGCCCAACGGCGCCGCCAACAAGAAGAUGAGCAAAGUGGAGACGCUGCGCUCGGCCGUGGAGUACAUCCGCGCUCUGCAGCAGCUGCUGGACGAGCACGACGCCGUGAGCGCCGCCUUCCAGUCCGGAGUGCUCUCUCCCGCCAUGUCGCAGAACUACUGCAACGACAUGAACUCGAUGGCCGGCUCCCCCGUGUCCUCGUACUCCUCGGACGAAGGAUCGUACAACCCACUGAGUCCCGAAGAGCAGGAGCUCCUGGACUUCACCAGCUGGUUCUGAGGUGCAUGCCUCGCCUAGCCUAGGCUUCACCAGGUAAGGGGUGAAUUGGGAAGAGAAUAACCGUCGGCGUGCGCCUGGAGGUGCCAUCGCGCAGAGGAGCCCAAACAGCCUCCGCGGACACGAGCCCACGCGCGGGAAAAGAGCUCUCCGGGAGCUCCCGACUCCUCUCCUGCCCUCGUGCUCGAACGACGAGUGCCAAAAGGCAAAACAAAAACAAACAAACAGACAAAAAAAGGCGCACUAACCACUGACAGCGUGGGAACUUCAGCCCCCGCGCGCACGCUCGCCCACGAACACGACGCUAAAAAGAGACUUCUUUCGAAACAACGGCACGCAAACACUAUAGAAACGCUCUCAAACUAUGCUAA